CUGUCCGGGCUGAGCGGCUACCUGUCGAUAUCGUUCUGGCUCUUUGCACAGAUCCCACAGGUGAUCAAGAACCACACAGACAAGUCCGUGGACGGGUUCUCCCUUGGCUUCCUGUUGUGCUGGUUUGCCGGUGACUUUCUCAACCUGGUGAGCUGCCUGCUCAACGACGCCAUGGCGUUCCAGAUCUUGUUGAGCGGGUACUACUGCGCCAUCGACCUUGUGCUUGCGUUCCAAUACUACUACUACAAGCGGAUGUACCACAACCCGGAGUCAAGAUGGUACCACCCGCCGCGCAGAAGAGGCAAACACGCCCGCAGUCCGCGGACGAGCUUGAGAGACAACCUCGAGACAUACGGAUCCAUCGACACAGAGAUGAUGAUCGACCAGCGGAUGCUGCAGCAACAGCAGCCACAAGGACAGCGGACUGGUGUAUUCAAGAAACAAAAUGCCGGAAUAUCGAAGCUGGUGACGUCUGCGCUCAUCAGCGGGUUCACUAAAGUGCAGGGACUGCCCAUAGUACAGCAAUACAUAGACACAGAGCUGCUGGGGAAGAUUCUCGCUUGGGCGUGCACGGCGCUCUACUUGGUCUCAAGGAUACCGCAGAUCUACACAAACUACAAGCUGCAGUCGACGAGGGGCAUCUCGUUGAAGUUGAUCUGCUUUGCGCUCUGCGGGAACUUCUUCUACUCGGCGUCUCUUCUUCUGAGCGAGAACUCGACCGUCGGCGGCGAUGUGUCCCGGGAGUUCUGGAAGGCCGAGCUCAGCUACUUGAUUGGGGCGGUUGGCACGGUGGUUUUCGACUGCUCGGUGCUUGUCCAG